AUGGCUUUAGAAGCUGUAACCACUCUAUUCAAAAUAGUAGAGCAAGACCUUAUGGAGCCCAAACUACUUUCGAUUUUUGAUGCUGAAGGAAUGAAGGCGUGGCUGCUCGAAACCAUCGAGUUGCUGUCUACCAAGCUCUACAUUCUGCAAGCAUUUUUGGAGGAGGGGAGUGAGAUGAAAAUGUGGAAUAAUGGCUGGUUUAAACAUAAAGUUGCUUUACUAUAUGGAUCAGUUUUCAACAUUUUGAGGAAUAGGAACAUUCACAAGUUUCGGAAAUAUGUUGAAAACCCUGUGCUGAAACUACAAGUUAUUCCACUCGUUGGGGAAGGAGGCAUAGGAAAAACUACAUUAGCCAAAAGAGUCUAUGGACAUCCAAUUACUAUUGCUAGCUUUGACAUUCAAGCGUGGGUAGUUUUGUCUCAGGUUCCUAACCUCAAAGAGAUUCUCAUUGGUCUAUUACGUAGUAUUUCACCAAUAACAAGUGAAAUCUACACCCUAGACGAUGCUCAAAUAGCUGAGCAAUUAUGCACAAGUUUGAUGGGCAAGAAGUAUUUAAUUUUCUUGGAUGAUAUAUGGACCACUGCUGCAUGGGAUGCCAUAAAAGGAUAUUUUCCAGAGAAUAUUAAUGGAAGCCGAAUCUUAGUAACUACUCGGUUCACAGAGGUGGCUGAAUACUUAAGUGUAGAUCCAUACCAUGUGACGUAUCGAACCUUAAAGGAUCGUUGGGAAUUAAUUUCGAGGAAAGUGUUUGGGCAAAGCCAAUGCGUUCCCUGGGAAUAUGAGUUAAUUGGGAAACGCAUUGUUCUUGGUUGCAGUGGAUUACCGCUAGCAAUUGUUGUGAUUGCUGGACUUUUGGCAACAGCAAAAGAGUCUCUAGAAAUAUGGAAAGAUGUUGCCGAAACUUUGGAUAGAGUUGAUAGAUAUGAUAAUGACAACAGAAUUUCAAAAAUACUUUCAUUGAGCUACAACUACUUACCCCCUCACUUGAAACCUUGCUUUCAUUAUUUUGGUGUGUUUCCUGAAAACAAUGUCAUUCUCGUUAAGAGAUUAAUCAACUUAUGGGUUGUAGAGGGAUUUUUAAUGCCACAUAAAAAUAUGAGUUUGGAAGAAGUGGCAGGGAGUUACUUGGAUGAUCUCAUUAAUAGAAGUCUAGUUCAAAUUAAUGAGUUGAGUAGUAUUGACGGCAAAGUUAAAUCAUGUAAGGUUCAUGAUCGAGUGCACCAGGUUUGUGUGAGAGAAGCUAUAACGGGGAAUACUUUGUGCAUUAUCAAUGACAAUCACGCUCCAAAAGCUAGUCGUUGGUUAAGUUGUCAAACAAGUCAUUGGCCAAACACACAAGCAAGUUAUGGGAAUUGCACACUAGAUAAUAUCCAUUCCGUGCUCUACUUUGGUAAAGAUGUAUACCAUUCCAAAUGCAGGUUGGUAUACCCAUGUUUGAAAUUGCUAAGAGUAUUGGAUUUAUCAUUUGUUAAAUGGUCGCGAGGCAUGCCUAGUGAAAUAACAGAUUUGGUUCAUUUGAGAUACUUGGCUUUAAGUACCAUUGGCUCUCUUUACAAGCUUCGAUUUUUCAAGCUUAAAAAUUUGCUAACUCUCAUAGUUACUUCGUGGAUGGAAAAAUGUCCUUUGCAACUGUCGUGUGAUAUUUUGGGUUUGCCACAAUUGAGGCAUUUGCAUGUUGACAAGAGAUGUUCACAGUAUCUCCCUUGCUUAGUCAAAAGAAAUCUACAAACUCUUUAUUGGUUGAAAGUUGCUAGCUCCGAUGUAAAACCAAACUUCGGAAUGGUUCCAAACCUAAUGGAACUUGGGAUUUACAUUGAAGGCCAACUGACGCCUAGCUAUCUUGGGAGCCUUGUUCAUUUACAUCUACUUGAAAAGUUGAAGUUUGAAGUAGGAAGAGUCGAGCGCUUUUGUCUUCCAACAGGUUUUCCACCAAACCUUAAGAAGUUGACACUUCGUUAUACUUAUCUUCCAUGGAAGGAGAUGGACACUAUUGGCGAGUUGCUGCACCUUGAGGUGCUUAAACUAAAAGAUUUUGCCUUCUUUGGCUCAAAGUGGGAACCAUCAAAGCAGGGCUUUCGGAAAUUAAAGGCACUUCUUAUUUCACGAUCAAAUCUCAAAUAUUGGGAUGCAAGUUCUACUCAUUUCCCAGUUUUGGAGCGCCUAAUUUCCUCUGCAAAGAAGUUAUUGUCUAGGGGAGCGACAGAUUGUCAACUUCUUCAUGUUCGUGAAGUUAGAUCUAAGGUUGAAUUGCCAAAUAAUGAAAGCUCUGAAGAAGAAAUGGUAGAAAACUCUAAAGUAGAAAGUGUGGAUAGAUCUGAAGAAGAAAGUGUGAAAAGCUCUAAAGAAAGUGUGGAAAGCUCUGAAGAAGAAAGAAUGGAAAGAUCUGAAGAAGAAAGUGCAGAAAGCUUUGACGAAGAAAGUGUGGGAAGCUCUAAAGAAUUAAGUUUUGGAAGCUCUAAAGAAUUAAGUGUUGGAAGCUCUGAUCAAGUAAGGUUGAAAGCUCCGAAGAGUGUGAGGAAAUAUCUGAAGAAGAAGGUGUCGAAAUCUCUGAAUGCAUUCAAAGAAUUGAAGAGGAAAGUGUUGUAA